AUGACCAGAGACUGCGGACACAGUACAGGAGAUGACCAGAGACUGCGGACAUAGUGGUACACAGGAGACUGCGGACAUAGUACAGAGACCAGAGACUGUGGACACGGUACAGGAGAUGACCAGAGACUGGGACAUAGUACAGCUGAAUUUGACAGGUACCUACUCCCGCUUCCGCGGAGUUGUCCUUCCCUCUUCUUUCUGCGCUGGCUUCUGUGACAGCCUGGUGCCCACUGCUCAUGCGCGAGAAGCGUUGCGCUUUUAUGAAUGGCCCAGUGCCUUCUGGGACCUGUCAUGUGUCCCAGAAGACACCGGACAAUUCACA